UCUACUUGUCUUCCUCACUUGCCUUACUCACUUGUCAACUUCAACGUCACGACUACACCACUACGCACACAGCUCCAAGUUCAGACCUCGUAACUGCAGAUGAGCAACUAUCCAGGAUACACGCCGCCACAGCAGGGGCAAUGGGGUCAACAGCCGGCUCAAGGUCAAGGAUGGGGUCAAGCGCCCCCGCCUAAUCAGCAGUACCCGCCCCAGGGGCCACCUCAAGGGUAUCAGAACUAUGCCGGAGCGCCGCCUCCCCAAGGCGGCUGGAAUCAACCCCCUCCGCAAGGCCAGUAUGGCCAGCAAUGGCCGCCGCAGCCGAAUCAAUAUCAAGCACCCGGACAGCAGUUCAAUCAGCCACCACCUCCGCAACAAUACGGGAACUGGGGACCUCCGCCCGCUCAACCGGGCUAUGGAUCUCCUGCCCCCCAGCAGCCAUACGGGGCUCCGCCAGCUCAACCAGCCUACGGAUCUCCUGCUCCCCAGCAGCCCUACGGGGCCCCGCCGGCUCAACCGCCAUUUGGAUCGGCUCCUCCCAUGGCCCAGUACCCCCCGACCCCGGCGUCUCUGGGGUAUGGCGAGCAACAGACCGCCAACAUUAAUCUCAUUAAUGAAGCCAAGGCCCUCCGCAGAGCAAUGAAGGGCAUGGGGACAGACGAGAAAGUCCUCAUCAACGUUCUCUCCAAGAAAGAUCCCAUCCAGAUCAACACGCUUCGCGAACAGUACAAUAAGGAGGAGAAGCGGAACCUAAUCGCGGACCUAGAGAGUGAAACCUCGGGCUACUUGGAAGAAGGUCUCGUGCAGAUCGUCCGCGGUCCGCUCGACGGCGACUGCUACACGCUCUACAAGGCCAUGAAGGGCGCGGGUACCAAGGAAGCUGCGCUCGACGAUGUUCUCGUUGGCCGCUCAAAUGCAGAUAUCAACGCUAUCAAGGCUAGGUACCUGCACCUCUACAAGGGCUCACUCGAGGAACACCUCCGGGGGGAUUUGUCCGGCGGCACCGAGCAGAUGUAUAUGAUGAUCAUUGCCGCGCGCCGCGCCGAAGACUCUUACCCCGUUAUUCCGCAGGAGAUCGAUCACGCUGUCACACAGCUACAGAGUGGCAUGGGCAACGUUAUUAGCAAGAACAACAUCCAGGUCUGCGAGAUCCUCACGAGCAAGAACGACGCACAGCUCCGCGCCAUCGCCCAAACCUACCAGCAGCGCUACCAGAAGCCGCUGGAGGACGUCGUCAAGUCAAAGUUCUCGGGCCACAUGGAAGACGCGCUUCUUCUGCUGCUCGCGCGCGCGCAAAACCGGCCCAAGGCUGAGGCUGUGCGGCUCGAGGAGUCGAUGGCGGGGCCGGGAACGAAGGACAUGUUGCUUGUGCAGCGCGUCGUGCGAUGCCAUUGGGAUCAGCGAUUUAUGGGGCAGGUGAGGGACGCUUAUAAGAUGACUUAUGCACGAGACCUCGUUGGGAGAAUUGAGGGGGAGACGAGCGGAAAAUAUGAGAGAUUGCUGGUGGCUUGUGUCAAGUGAGGGGGCUGCUUUACUGAGGCAUGCGUCUCUUGGCUUUCUUUUGUGUUUCUUUCUCUUCUUGCUAUGAUUGAUACGGCUUUUUUUCCCUCAGUCUUUUUCAUGAUCAGAGUCGGAUGACUAUGUCAAUGCGUGGUUGGGCGGUAUUAGGGUAUUGAGCUGCCGGUGCAAUCGUGGGCGGGGGGCUCUUUUUAUUGCAAGCUGUGUAACCUAUGACUCUCGAAUUGAACUUUCUUGUCCGUGUAUCUCUAACAAACCAUCCAUC